AUGCCAUACCUGACACCAACUGCGGGCUCUGGAACUUCUGCGCAGAUUGCAGUCACGGCAGGUCCAGAAGCUGAUGCCCAAUUCCAGUUCACUGGUAUUAAAAAAUACUUCGACUCUUACACUCUGACAGGUAGAAUGAAUUGUGUGCUGGCCACGUAUGGAGGAAUCACUCUGUUGAUUUUGUACUUCAGUUUGAAGCCUAAGAAAACCCCAGCUGUGAAGAAAACAUAAAAUGUAUUUUAGACUGUACUUCAUCUGUCUGGUUCUGAUCCC